GAUGGAGUGUGAAGGUCAAUCACCAAGACGACCACAUUCUUCCAAAUUUACCAUCAAAUUUUCCAAACCCUGUAACAAUCAGGACACUGAGGAAAUCUUCCAUUUGACGUCUAGUUUAGGAGGGAAGGUAUCCACUUGUAAAAAGACCAGCCUCACUGCCAUUCCAAGUAUGGUUGUCCACCCACUAAGCUCCAAAUUCACAGAUCUAAAAGAUGUCCAAAUAAAUACUGAGGUACACAAUGUACAGGAUGUAAAAAAACAAAUAAUGCAAAACAAAGUCAAAGAAAAACGCAAACAGUGGGCUGAAAGCAGAGAUACAAAAACAUCUGCCGGAGAAUCUAAACAGUGUUUGGAUGAAGUGAUACAGAGGGAAUGUGAUCCCCAAUUAAAACUGUCAUUGUCAUUGCCUAAAAAAGAUAUACUUGGCAAACUUGAUAGUCAUCGAGGUGUGGUUGAUGAAAGUGAAAGAUUGGAGAUUAAUGAGAAGGAGGUGGAGGAGGAGGAGGAGAAUCUUGAACCUUUAGUGAUAGAAGAAGAUGGUGAUGAGGAAAAUCCAGCAACAAAAUCAACAGAGGAGGACCUUUCAUCUUGCGUUUCAUCUCCUUUUACUGCUGUCACAAAACCAUUUAAAAUAGUUGAAUACCGGAAAACUCCCAGCCUGCUUUGCUGUAGUUCACAUAAACAUUCUGUUGUUUCAACGUCUAGCUCCGAUGAUGACACCAGACCUUGGCCGUCCAAAAGUGACCAAUCGGAUACCAGCAAGACUGCAUCAAGAGAUGACCAAAUCAUUAAAAGUAAAACCUCUGUUGUACUUGAAGUGUCGUCAGCUGUGAGGAACAGGAAUGCACUAAAGAGUCAGUCUCUUGAUUGUGGUAUUGAUAAGAACAGGACUUCAGACUUAAAUGAUAAAAGCAUGUCUAACUUGGAGAAGUCGUCUGUUAGUAUGGAUGAUGUUCAAAAAGAACUUUUGACUGAUCACGCAAUGGUACAGGCUUUGUCUGCUGAGUGCAUGUCUCCGUAUCCCGGUCUUUUUGCUCCCAUACCUGUAAGAUUAAAAAAGGAAACUCAGGAAACAAAGUCUGCUGAAGCGUGUCCAUAUGUUGAUUCAGUGCCUUCAGCAAUUGAACAUACACCUGCAAACGAGUGUUUAGACACUAAAAUGCAGAGUCAGGUGCAGAGAAGAAUUGAGAAUAUCAUUUCCAGGACUGCCAGGUCAAGACCAAGCAAAGACGACAGGGAGUCAGGCGACAUUAGAUAUCCAAGAGCCAGAUCAGUAACACGAGAAAAUAGAAGUAGGAAAGUACAUGAGAAACAUUCCCAAGCUGAAAAUGAAAGAAAAGAAAUUACUUCAAGAAAUCAGCGAUCUCGCUCAGUACCUAGAGAUACUCGAAAUUUCAGAUCUCCCAGUUUGAAAGAGAUAACCUCUCCUUCAAAUGGAUCUUACCUUUCUGUAUCAUCCACGAAAACUUUGGCUCCGUUAUCACCAACAAUUGAACGGGUGAGACUCGCCAAAAGUCCUAUUUGCCAGCAUCUUGAUAUGAAUUCAUCGACUGGAAGUGUUAUUACAAAAGAGCACAUCAAUAAUUCUACACUGACAACUUCAGAUUCAACCUUACAUGUGAAACAAAAGGAAAACAUUUCACCAUGCCUUGAACAGCAAUGCAGCAGAUCCUUGAAAAUAACACUGGAACUGAGACCACGAAGUUCAUCGCUGGGUUCAAAGAGUCGUGAGAAGUUCAGAUCAGAAAGGCCAAGGUCAGGGGGAAAUGGGAAUGAGAAAACGAAAAAACUUCCGCCACAGUUCAAGCUAAAAUUAAAUGAACUCAACAACUUGACUAGUUUCAAGGAUAUUCAAAAGAAGUUCUCUGACAUGCAGUAUAGUAGUUCCCCCAGUGUGUUAGAGUCCUCGAUAGAUCCUACCAUUGGAGGUAAAGUUGAUAAAAUUGAUGAUUUAAACCCUAGCAAGGUGAAAAAGCUCAGCCAAGCAUUUUCUACAGGAGCACUAGUUGAGAAAAAGGGCAUGCCUACAUGUCUGGAGUCUGCAAACCAGAGUGUUACUGUAACCCCAGCACAUGUAGUUCAUGCUUGUAAAAAUGUCAGCGAGCAAGUGGAGAUGUUUCAGAACAUUAAGGACAAACCAGAAAGAGUGCGGAAAAGGUCAAUGUCUGGAACUAAUAUGCUGAAGAUCUUACAACCUUUAAGCUUUGAUUCUGGAACUGACUCGUCGUCUAGUUCUCCUAUGCCAACAAGGAAAAAGAAUGAUAAUGAGGUGUAUGCCAGGAGUAAUAAGGUAACAUCAUCUGCAAGUGAUCAGAGAGCUGAGUUUUUCCAUCAAAAGCAUCAAAAUCCACGAGUGAAAUUCACUCCAAAGGUUUCAACAGAGCAAAUAUCUCUGGAUACAAGCGACAGAGACUCUGGUGAUAUGACAGAUGCAAGAACUACUGGACAUUCUGAAGAAUGGUUUGUUGGGAGAGAUGUACCUGUUGUUGCCAUGGGAACAAAGAGGAAAAUACCUGAUAAACUUAGGUUGACAACCAAUAAACCAUCUUCACUUAGAUUAGAUAGUGAAGAUAAACAGUUAUUCUUUCCUGAAAUGAGUCCUUCGACUUACAGGUUGAAAAAAGAUGUCAAAGGUUCACCAACCAGUCCGAAAAAAGCUAGUCCAAUCGAAAGAUAUUCCCCAUUGAACGCACUAAAUAGAAAAAAGUUGGAAGUUGACAAUCUGCAAAGCGGGAAAUUGAGCAGUUCUCAAAUAUCUCGAUUUCAGGAGGAGAGGAAAGAGGAGGGAAACAGUCGGAGAGAAAAGAAACUUGAACUUUUGAAAACUGGUAGACAACAAAUACAGAAUAGUUUGGAUUCAAGAGGACUGCCAUCUCGUGAGGGCAAAGGUGAUAGUUCAGAGGUCACACACAAAAGCAAAGUUGAUUGGAAAUUAGAUGGUCAGAUGAGUGAGAAAGAAAGAUGGUUCUCUAAAAAGAUGUAUAAAGUGACAAAUCCAGAUGAUAAUGACAUGCAUGUUACCUCUCUUUAUAUUGAUGAAUCUGUUGACUGUCUGUGAUUCUUACAGUUUUGCAGCAUGGACAGAUGCUGAGUAACCUUGAAAGCUGGCAACUGAAGUGACUACGCCCUCAGUGGUGGUGCUGUCGGUCUAGGAUGGUCAUAUUGCAUGGAUGAUCAAGAAUAGGGACAAGAAUUGGAAACCAUCGUGAGGAAAACCAGUGAGUGAAACUGGAUAUGACUAAUCAGAUUUUGGUCCCUUCUUUUACUGGGCUCGAAAAUAUUUUAUUUUAGUUUUGAUCAUGUACAUGUAUGUAGAGUAAAACAUAUUUAUAUCAUUUCUUAAACUUGAUGGGGC